AUGCAAAUCUUUGUUCUCUCUGUCGGCGGCGACACCCUCGCCCUCGAGGUCGCUCCGACCUCGACUGUCCGUGAUGUGAAGGAGCAACUCCAGGCCCGCCAAGGCAUCGAGGCGGAGGACCAGAGACUGUGCUUCGGUCUCCACGCUCUCGACGACGACGAGACUCUCUUCGAGCUCGGUGUCGAGGAGGAGUCGACCCUGUACCAGUCCCUGGAGCUGCUGGGUGCGGGUAAGAAGCGCAAGAAGAAGACUUACACCAAGCCCAAGAAGCAGAAGCACAAGAAGAAGAAGGUUAAGCUCGCGGUCUUGAAGUUCUACAAGGUAGACGGCAACGACAAAGUUACCCGUCUGCGCAAGGAGUGUCCCAGGGAGACUUGCGGCGCUGGUGUCUUCAUGGCUGCUCACAAAAACCGCACCUACUGCGGCCGAUGCGGCCUGACCUACAUCCUCAACGCGGAAGCGGAGGAGUAA